CUUUUCGUCCUCCUACAGGUGCCGGACGGCUGCUCUAGCAGCGCCGUCCAGCUGACUGGUACCACCUGCGAGGUCAGAUGAGAAGCUGGGCAGGAUCCACUACUGCCCACGACCCGAUGAGCUGGCGGAUGGAAUCAUGUACCUUCAGAAUAGCUCCGCUCUUGGACUUUAGGAUCUGCCAGAUUGAAGAUUAUCACGGACUAUCAUCGCACAACCGUAACGCAGAGCGCACCAGGCCCAAUCCAGCAACUACAAUGUCUACAACCAUGGCGUCGAGCUCCACCGCUUCUUCCACAGCCGUGGCUAGCGAUAGCUCCCGAGCGCAAGAAGAAGCUCGUGCAGCAGUCGUCGCAUCGCUUGAAUCUGCUGGCUCAAACUACGACAGCCAAUUUCAGCGUCGAGCAGCCGAUAUCCACGCCAACGCCACUGCUAUUGCCAAGCAAGAAGCAGAAUUAAAGAAGCAGACUGCUGCGCUUGCCAAAGAAAGCGCCAAGUGGCAAAAAGACCUCGACAAGACCACCAAAGGCCUCAACGAAUUCGGCGAUUUGCAGAAUUGGGCUGAGAUGAUGGAACGCGACUUUUUGGUUUUGGAGGAAACUCUACGACUCGUUGAAGGCGAAGCAGAGCAAGAAUCUGCCAGUGGCGGAAGCACCUGGAGACUGUAGAGGAGCAGCUGAGGUUACGCGUUCUUGAGGCUCGGAGAUAGUCGUUCGAGACUGGGUUCCAGGGACAUGCUUGCUAAUGAGUGAGGCUGAAAAGAGAGACUUUAUCCAGUGCACAGGACGGCAAUGGAGCUUGGCAUAUUGGUUUUGA